CUGAUCCCCCACCAAGGCCGAGCGCCCUGCAUAAGACCGGCAUGCAGGAACUUAUUAGGUCAGGCCUUGCCUCCGCACUUUGUACGCCUUGAACGAAACAAAACCUCUCACCCUCCCCCAGCGCCACGACCGCAUCGCACACGACCCACGCGCGCUCUCGACCUCAAGACCCAGCAUGCCAAGCGCACCCUCGCCUCCGAUCGCGACCCAAGCCCUCGUCGCGCGCGGCCCUUUCUCAGCCGGCCAAUGGGCUCUCGAAGACGUGACGUUGCGCGCUCUACGCGACGACGAGCUUGUUGUCGAGAUUGUGGCCUCCGGGCUCUGCCAUACGGAUCUGCAUUGUGGAGAUACGGAAGUUGAGAAGGGCGUGCCGGGCGUGUAUUACCCGCGGGUGCUGGGGCAUGAAGGCGCAGGGUAUGUGCGACAAGUCGGCAGCGCAGUCACAGCCGCACAGCCCGGCGACCCGGUGUUCCUCUCGUUCUCGUAUUGCGGGUCUUGCCAUGUCUGCAAGACCGGCCCGCCAUCCCACUGCAAGAACAACUUCGCGCUGAAUUUCAUCGGGGAGCCCGUAUUUAUCAGCAAUGGUGCCAGCGACGCAGACAUCGGCGGCCGCUUCUUCGGCCAGUCUAGCCUCGCGCGGCAUACCAUUGUUAGCGAGGCGUCGAUCGUGAACGCCAAAGACCUGGGCUUGUCGCGCGAGGAGCUGAAGCUGCUUGCGCCACUCGGGUGCGGGUUGCAGACGGGCGGCGGAACGGUGGUGAAUGUGGCGAAGGCGGGGGAGGAGGACGCGGUGGCGGUAGUGGGGAUGGGGGGCGUGGGGCUUGCGGCAGUGAUGGCGGCAAAGGUCCAAGGAUGCAAAACCAUCAUCGGGCUCGACAGGGUAGAAGCGCGGCUCGAGCUGGCCAAGACCCUCGGCGCAACGCACGUCAUCAACACCUCCUCGAUCCCUCUAUCAGAAGUCGUAGCGCGCGUGUUCGCGGCCACAGACGGCAUCGGUGCUUCCGUGUCUAUUGACACGUCAGCGCACCCGCCGCUCGUGGCCGCGCAAAUCGAGUACACGGCGUUCAUGGGCAAGAUCAUACAGGUCGGGACAGGGAUGCCGGAUUCAAACCUUGCGAUCCACAUGCAGAGUUUUAUGGUGAGUGGGAGGCAGUAUUUUGGUGCGGUACAGGGACAUAGCCGGGCGAGGGAUUUUAUGCCUCAGAUUGUGGGGUGGUGGCGUGACGGACGGUUUCCUAUCGAGAAGUUGGUGCGGUUUUUUGAUGUCGCAGAGUUCAAGGAGGCGGCGGGGGCGAUGGGGACGGCAGGAGUGGUGAAGCCGGUUAUUGUUUGGUAGGGAGAUAGAAAGGGAAGUGUCCUUGCUUUUGCCGUGCGUCUUUUGUGUCACUUUU